UAGAGGGUCUGGGUGCUGCUGCAGGGUAGCAUGUUGCCAGGGCUUGUUGAUGCUGCAUCAACGAAUAGUGCCAAUAUUUCUGUUGCUGCUGCCUCCAAUGCAGUACCAACACAUAACCCAAUGAUGGCAACUCAUGACACUCAUCAAGAAAUGCCAUCACAUCUGCCAGAGACUAGCCUAGCAGACUUAAAAGCAGCAGGCUUAGAUACUAGUUUAAGUUAUUAUUCGUCAAUUCCACAAACGCAAAGCGACACAUCUAUCAUGCGCAAACAGUCAGAGGAGGAGCUCAACCCAGAGGCCCAGGCCCUACAGCGGCAUCAUGCAGAGGCUUCAGCACUGGCAAGUUACCUGGCUGCUCAGGAUAAGAAGCCCCCUUCCUCCGCCCCAGAAACCCCAAAGUCAUCUGGAGGAAGCUCUUUCAGCAAGCCCAAGCCAACACCCAAGAACCUCAGUUCAUGGUCAUCCCUAGCGCAGAGUGCCGUCCCUUCACCAACAGCCUCGACCUCUUUGAAAACCUCAGCCAGUGAUUCCUUUGCCCAGUUCAAGAGAGUUGCCAAGGAGAAAGAAGCAAGGCAACGUCAGAUCAUUGAGCAGCAAGAGCAGAGAAGGCAGCAGAAGGAGCAAGUUGAGAAGGAACGUGCAAGACAAGAAGCAGAGAGAGAGCGUGCACGGUUAGAGGAGGAAGCUUUGGACAGGGCAAUGGAACAAGCUAAAGAAAUUCGGGCCACUCAAGAAGUUCAAAGACGAGAACCGGUUGCCAUACGGGAGCGGCCACCCUCAAGUGCAAAAGUGGCUACCCCAAUGACAGCCUCAACUUCGCCACACCCCCAGCUGGCAACGCCUGCAGGACCUCCCAGCUCACAUCCCCCUGCCACUCCAACCUCUUCCAUAGACAAUGCAAAGCAAAGUGACCGCGACAGACAAAAACUAAGAGAACAAGAACGAAGACGGAGGGAAGCUAUGGCGGGUCAGAUAGACAUGAAUCGCCAAAGUGACUUGAUGGCUGCGUUUGAAGAACAGUGUGGAAAAUAAUGUAUAAGAAUUACCAAAAAUAUUUUAUUAAUGUCGGCUCUGUUCCUUGUACACAACUCAACUCAGAUAUCACCUAAGUCCUUUUAUUUGACAUGUUUUGUACAUAUAACUAUAGCUGUGUUUAUAUUUAUUAUAGUUCAGUGAGAGUUCUUGUUGUUGCUGUACAUUUGUGUAUGAAACUUAUGGAUGUAAAUGUUACAUUUUGGCUGUGAAAUCGUCCCUUGCCAAUGCAUGUUGUCGGCAAGUUGUACAACUGUUGGCCCUGCUGCUUGAUGGCACUCUGUUCAUUUGGCCAGCUCCGAAUUAAGAGAAAAAAUUAUUCUAUUCUACUGAGAACUAAAUAACUGUCAUGACUGAGCAUAAGUGCAAGUGUGGCACAUCAGUGGUGCCCUAUCUGUAGUGUUACAAGUGUCAACUGAGCUGAUCUGUUAAGAUUAGCACAAGUCCUAACUUCCAGUUGUCAUGCAUCAGACCACAGCAGAGGGUUCUGUUUGUCCACAGUAGAAGAUACUUUUUCUUUUGGUUGAUGACACCUCUGUUAAUUCCACCAAUUUUACAAUAAUUUGAUGACAGUAGAAGUUUAUAGUUGGGUAUUUAAGACUUAACCUUUUUAUGGUGUACUCUUAAAUAACUCAAGCGUUUAGAAAUUAAUUUUUCAGAAGUGACCAAGAGUUUUCAGUGAAAAAACUGGUUGAAGAAAAAUAGAAAAAAAAAAAUGUUGGCAUUAACUCUUGGAAAUGUGUAAUAUAGUUAUGCAGUGGAAUAGCAGGAGCAUCUCAAGUAGCAAUAUACUUGCUCUGCUGGUGCUUCAAAGCAGAAACAGGACAUUAUAAAUGCUCGCCAUGUGAAUAUUGUUUCUCUAUUGGAAUUGCUCUUCAGAUUCUCAGUUUUCAGCUGGGAUUGCUACUCAGCUGUUUACAACAGGUAUGGCUUGUUUGCCAUACAUUAAACUUUCCAUAUUGACCAACGAUUUUCAACUAAGGAAAUGUUAAUCAAUAUUAGGUUUAGAAUCUUUUUUUAAUAAAAAGUGUUAAAAGUAUUUGGCCGAUAGGCCUGUAGACCAUCAGUUUGGGUUUCUUUGUUUAUAUAACCUUCAGUGAUAUUCCCAUUAUGUAUUUGGCAACUUUUUUAUAAGAUAUACAUAUAUAUAUUAGUUAUCUUUCCUUGGAAACAUUGCAUUGAAAAAGAGAAUAUUUUGUGAACUCAAUCUCAGAAAAUCCAUUAUGUUCUUUAACACAACAGGAUAAGUUGCAUAGUUUUCCAGCAGCAGAUAUUAUUUCUCAGUAUGAACACCAACGCCAAUGAAUAUUCAGAUAUACUGCUGACUCAAAGGGCAGUGAUCUGUACCCUGUGAAAAGGAUGAAACUUUUUUAGUGAAGCAGUCAGCAGUUCUCCACAUGAGAAAGGUUGUGCUAAGUCGUCGACAGUUCCCUAGUUGGCGACAUUGUACAUAGCUGUAUAGUUUGUGAUUCUACUAUUUAAUAAAGACUUGUGAAGACCAGGACUGACUUGCUGGUGGUAGUUAACUGCCAUGUGCGUAAUACAGAUUUCUUUUCUGCAUUCCAUAUUUAAAUAAUGCAUAAAGAUGACCAUGAUUUUCUUGUGUAUUUUGUAAAGAUCUACACUUGUGUUUGUAUUGAUAUUGACAUAGUGUACGUAUGGGGAUCUUUUAAGAACAGUUGGAACUGACUGUCAUUUAGCUUUUGCCAAGAACAGUUUUUGCACCUUUUUGCUCUGGCUGUUAUUCAUUUACAGUGUUAAGGGAAGGUUGAUAUAGGUAGAGAUUCAUUUUGUAUAUUUUUCAUGGUUAUUUAUUUGUUUAUCAUAUUUCUAAUGCCUGGUCUCAUUACCCAUGCAAGCAUUACCAUGAUUGCAAUCAUACUAUUUGAUGUAUAUUUUUUUAUUCUUUCUUUUUUAUUCCUUCAUUGUUAAAAUCAUCAUCAUCAUCAUCAUCUCAGUAUUACCACCAAUCAUUUCCGUAAUCCUCUUAUUCCUUCUUUCUUCUUCUCCUUCUUUAUAUACAUAUAUAAAUUAUUAAAAACACCAUCAGAGUAUCUAUCCUUAACUGAAAUUGUAAAUUGUCAUGCUGUCAUACUGUAUAGUUUCCUGGAAUAAAGAUUUUCAUAAGAAAAUGAAACAAAAUAAAUGCUUUUAAAAGUUACUGUAUCAGACAUGGAGUCAGUUGCCAGUUCAGUUUCAGCACUUGGGUAAGGACAAUUUUGAAUUGUAUUGUUUAAAAUGAAGUGAAAUCUUGGAAGCUGCAAAUAGAGGAAUACAUUUUCUGUAAAUAAUUGUCACUGUGCUGGGCUUCUAAAUAGCACUUCAAUAUUUAUGAUUUCUUUUUUGUAAAUACAGUAACUAUAAGGAAAUGAACCUAGUAGACAUGUAAAUACCGAACUCAAAGGCUAUGUUACCUUCAGAAAUAAAAUGGAAGGGAGUAUA